AUGGACAUACACAUUAAGUUCAACAAGACGGAAACUGCUAUCAGCUCCAGCAAUGCACAGUACCAGAGGAUCAUCCUUAUAAAAUUGGAGACAGAGUACUCUCCUAAUCCAACUCCUCGGGUGAAGGAACUUGAGCAGAGGGUCGGCAGGGGCAAACCCGGAAAUUUAACUGAAGAGGCAGAAGAGCAUGACAAUUUUGAAAAGCCAAUGGCGAAUCACCCCAACCAUGAUACUUCAUCCACGCCUACAAACACUGCACAACCUAACACCACACUCGCUUUGCCUACAACUUCCAGCCGAAAUGAUAAUCCUACCCUGCAUACUUCUUUGCCUAAUGAGCCACAAAUUCGAGUUUACCACCGCCGACCACGAGCAGGUUUACCAUCAAACGCCCCGCUGCCAUCUUCCGACGAACACACUCUCUUCCUUUUAUCUUGCUCUCUUCCUUUUAUCUCACAUAACAUUGUGGAUGAGGAUGACCUCAAAGUUAUUUUGGUGAACAUCUCGGUGAGCUCUUGA